CAAAAUAAGCUCGUUUUCUGUUGUUGUUUGUGUACGUUUAAAUUCAAGUCCAUCUCCGGCAGCGAAGGAAUCUCUUACUAAAAAAUCAUGAAAACCGACCAGAUCCAGUACUCUGAGAAGUACAAUGAUGAUAAAUACGAGUACAGACAUGUGAUACUCCCAAGUGACCUGGCAAAACUGGUGCCAAAGACGCACCUCAUGACAGAAACAGAAUGGCGCAACCUUGGGGUUCAGCAGUCACCUGGUUGGAUCCACUAUCUUGUUCACAGCCCAGAACCACACAUCUUGCUGUUCAGAAGACCCAGAACUGACCUGAAAUCAUAGGAAGGAGAAUAUGUGAUCGCUUGUUUGCAUAUUGCUCUACCUUGAAGUUACUGUGAACUUAUUUUUUCAUGAAAGAGUAAGGUAAUGGAUAGUCAUAGACAUCAUAAGCACAGAAAGAGAGAACUACAUGAAUCUGAUAGCACUUCUCCAACUUUUAUUAUAAUUUGAAUAUGAAAUUUCACUGUAGUGAGGGAGAGCGCCUUGUCUCGAUCACACUACAUAUUUAAGAUGUUAUGGUUUCAUCUGUAUAAUAUAUGUGAUUGUGAAUAGUCUAGUAUUUUUUAUAUGAAGAUGUGGAGUUUACAAAAAACUGAAAUAAGCUAUUUUUCCAUAUAGUCUGUUAUAUAUCCCUUUUGUAUUUUUGUAUCAGAUUUUCACAUAAAACAACACUAUAUGUCCAGAUUUGCUCAAUUCUUCCUUAAGGGAGGAGACAUCUUUGCAAAAGAUAUCAAAGAUUGUUAUAGACUUUUGGUAAGAUAUUUCUAAAUAUCUUUUAAAAAUAUUAGUUUGGGAGUUGGUUCCAAAAUUCUGUUUAGGCAAGUAAUAGUAUUGUUUUCUUCUGGCAUGUCUAUAUAAAAGUACAGAAAAUAUCAAGUGCCUCUUUUUCUAUAUAUCUCAAGCCAUUGAUUGUGGGGAGGAAAAAAAGUGAAACAUAUUUGGCUGAUUUCUUUUAGGUUUGUUUUGAUGUACAAGAGUUGAUCCUCAUACGAACCCCCUCUCUCAACACAAAUAAGAAGAAUAAAAUUAUUUGGUAUACGGCAUAACAGAUUAUUAUUAUUUCUCUCAUCUAUUUAAGAAUUUCUGAAAUAUUUUAAUGUCAUAGAAUUAUUGUGAGGAUUUAGAAUAUAUAGCCAUUACAUUUUGUUACAGGCAUCUUGCAUUUUGAUUUUUGAUCUUGGAAACUAAAUCACAGAACAAGUUGUUCUUGUUCUUGUGUGUGAUUUUGGUAAUUGUCCACAAAUUUGUAGCUAUGGUUAACUAAAGAUUUAUUUGGUACAUUUAAUUUUUGUAAUGAAGUAAAUUAUCCAUGUGUGCUACAAUGCUGCUAAAGUACCUGCUUUAUUUUCUUUUGUAUCAUUAUAUUUUCUUCAUGUGUUCGAAUGACUUUAAAUGUUAUAAUGGAAUAGGUCAGAGUUGCAUGAUGGUUUACAAAAUGAAAUUGAUGCUUUUGUGAAAAAUUAUACUAGCUGAAAUUCGAAGUUGUAAGUGAAUGUUAGACUGGAUGCAUGUGUAAAAAGCUCUGUUGAGCACAGCACACUUGAAAGGAGAAUGCAAAACAUAACAAAUAGGCCUUUGUUACUGGAGCAUUAUAAACAAAGUCUUCAAAACCUGUCAGUAAAAAUUAAUUUGACUUAUUUGAUCAAAAUGGUAUUUUCCACACUGUAUAUUUGUCUCAUCAAAAUUAGUAUCCCCAUUAGUAUAUAGUAGUUGAUUAACAUUACAGUACAGCCAAACAGUAUUUUCUUCAACAAUGUAUUAUUACUAGCAGUAUUUGUAUAACAAACUGUUAGAGUUAGUAUGUGUUAAGAAACCUUUUAUCUCUUGAGUAUUUAAGCUUUUUCACUUUUACACCACUGAAAUUUCAUUGCAGAAUUUUUGGCAAUGUCUUAUAUUUUUAAGUUUAUAUAGUACUUUAUAGAAAUUAUUAUAAAGGAAAAAUAUAG